AUGGCGACUACACCACCCCUUCAAAUUGCACAAACACCCACCACUCCUCCUACUCCGCUUCAUGGCGCUGCCUACGACCGCCCUCCUGUCAGGCAGUCCUCGCGCAUAAGAAAUCGGGCAGAGUUCCAGGCAGGAUCGACCUCAUUCAACACUGGCGCUGUGUCGACUCCUCGAAGCAAACGAAGAAUCACAACGCCCGACUCGCCUGACCUGCCGUCACAAUCCUCCUUUGCGCCUCACCUAACACCUAAGAGGACUGCUCGUCGCGUCCAAGUCGUUUCACCCGACUCGCCCAACACCACAACUUCCCCUCCAAAAUCCUCGAAACCCUCCAGCUCCACCUCCAGCUCGCACCUUCAACCUUUCUUGUCAUCCACGACCACACUUUCUGAAGGCAUGCUUCCCACUCCCAUCAAGACUCCCAAAAAGAAAAAGGUCUCCAACAUUAAGCCUGCAUCGAGAGCGCUUUUCCAAGACUCCACGGUCCAAGACGAGAUGGCUUUCCCCAGCCCACGCAAGAGCCGCAAAACCAAGCGCUACAAUGGGUUCUCUCUUGAGAGUUUCCGUGCCGAAGAUGGCGACGGUGAAAAUAUUCAGAUUUUCACCGACAAUCGCGACAAGGUUCCCGAGGUCGACCCUAGAGAGUCUAAUCCCUUUAUUGAGCCACCUCAGGAUACGCGAGUCAAGCCUGUGACCGGUACCUCCAAGCGCCGCAAGGUUAGAUCUGUGAAGCCAAAAGAUCCCCAAGUUGAGGAAGCUAUCAAGAAUGAUGAAGGCAUGGUCUACGUCUUCCGAGGCAAGAAAGUCUUCCGCCGUUUUGAUGACCAAAACGAGGAAGAAGAGGAGAUCGACGAAGAUGAUCUCGGUCUACUGGGCCACGCUUCGGAUGGCGCUGAGCGCGUUCGACCUCUGAGAAGCCUGACUCGCAAAUCCAUCAAGCCUACUCGCCUGUUUCAAACCGAAGAUCAGAAGGCCGCACGCCAACGUGAGAAGGAGGAAGAAGCCGCGACUGAUGUUGAGGAGCAUUCGUCUGCAGAGUCUUCAUCUGCCGUCAACCCUGCUACUGUGGUCAAGCCUUCUAAAUCUGCUGGUAAUCCCGCAAAGGGGAAGACCAGCCCGUUCGACCAGUGGGGACGAGCCAAGAAGCCGGUCAAUGGCUCUGCCUCCAGAUCGUCUAAGCGCACUGCGGGCGAUGCAUUUGACAGAGGCUCCCCAGAAGCAGGGCCCAGAGCAUCUUCGAAACGCAAGGCUUGUGUUUAA